UACCAUUCCUUCACCAACCAUCAACAAAUGGCAGAAGCCAUUCUCUUCGAUGUUGCUGCACGAAUCAUUGAGAGCUUGGGAUCCCUGGCUCUCAAGGAGAUCGGACUGCUUUGGGGUGUCACAGAUGAUCGUGACAAGCUCAAGAACACCGUUUCGACAAUCCAAGCCGUGCUUCUUGAUGCUGAGGAGCAAUGGGCAAUGAACAACCAUGAAGUUAAAGAUUGGCUUGAAAAGCUUAAGGACGUCUUUUAUGCUGCAGAUGACUUGCUGGAUGGUUUCUCCACUGAAUGUCUGUUGCGAGAGAUGAUGACUCGGGAUAAGAUGGCAAAAAAGGUUAUGUUAUGGAUUUCGUGAGAAGUGAAGUAUCAAGUGCUUAAUUCUUCAGGCCAUGCAUUCUGCUUUUUAAAUGGAGUUAUGCAGAGGAGACUACAGGA